GAGUGCUAGAGAGGGUAAAAUUACGCGUACCUUGGAUCACGAGGGUGUUAAGGUUUUUAUAGUAGCAAGGGUCAUGCCCUUUUCCCUUAGAGUAGAAGUCUUUUCCUUAUAGGAGUCCUUUUUGGGCGUAUUUUUCGGGAUCCUUUCCUUAUAGGGGUUUCUUGAAUAUUCUAUAGCGUGGGAAACAAGCCAAUCCCUUACUUGUAGCGUGGGGAGCAAGUCAUAUUACUUUGUCCGUCAGCCUCAACUCAUUUCCUUCAGCUUUAGACCGUCAGCUAUUAAGACUGUCACGCUUAAAGACCGUCUGCUAUGGCUCCGUCUGCUCUAUGUAUGGAAGAUCGCACAGAACCGUCGGUCCGAGGCCAGACUCCUUUUAUCCUUAUCAGUUGCCCCCUACUCUACAUGUUCGACGCUUACAACCGUCAGCAUGUUGAGUUUUUUUUUUUUUUUUGAAACAGAAAAAGAACUAUGAAUGCCUCCUCGAGCUGCGAGCUUUUUAAUGCAAGGUUACGUGUCGAGCGGUCGUUGGCCUCGUUUCUGGGCACGGACGUCGCCUCGCAUUCCGUGCGUUUUUUCCCUUAUAUAAAUAUCACGCUUUGUUUCAUUUUGUCAUUUUAACUUCGCAGAUCUUUUUAUCAGAGAAACCGUCACUCUCGCUUACGUUUUGCUCCGUCAGCUCUUACCAGUACCGUCACACUUUGUUCCAUUUACUCAAGAUCUAUUUCACCUGUAAGUUCUUCUUCCUCUCUUUUUGCUUCUUUUUUAUUUUUACUUUUUGCCCAAGAAUUUCUUUUAUUGAGAACGUCAGUCUAGGAACUUAGGGUGUAUCCGUCACUUGUAGGUAGUCAGAUGUCAAGUGACGCGUCGAGUGAUCAGUCGUCAGUCCGCGACGGAGCGGGCUACGACGAAGUCUUUGGCUCAGGUCAAGAGUCCGACGGCUUUUUGGAGUCGUCAGGAAAAGAAGCGUCCACCCAAUCCUUUAGUGUUGAUGUAGAGGACCGUGUUGAGGGAGUUAGGGGAAAGGUGUCAAGUGAGGUUGAGGUCGAGGGGAUCGACGAGGAGGUUGUUGAUGACGGGAACUGGGAGGAAGGUGACGAAGAGAUCUAUAGUGACGGAGCUAGGGAUGACGGUAGCGAGGUUAGUAGUGACGGUAAUGAGGAUGAGGAUGACGAAGAGUCCAGUGAGGGAACUUCAGGGAGUUCCGGAGGUAAUCGUCCCUUCAUCCUUCCAGAGGAGUGGGCCGUCAAUAAAUUUCUCCCCAAGAUGAGCAACAGAGUUUUUUCUGAGUUGCGUAUUCGCUUCCAGAUCCCAGAUCACAUUCCCCUCCGUCUCCCUAAAAAGAAUGAGAGGUGUUAUACAGGGAGGACGGCUGAUGUGGGGAUGUAUGAUGCCAUGUUCGCGGCUGGCCUUAGGCUUCCAUUGACGGCUUUACACCGUCAGCUGGCGGAUUUCUUAGGAUUAUCCGUCAGCCAGAUCUCUCCGAAUGCCUGGAGGAUCUUUAUUGGAGCUGAAGUUCUUUGGGGUCGCUUGAGUGGGGGGAACCGUCAACUUUCGAUAGACGAGUUCUUUUACUGCUACCGACCUCAGCAUAAAGUAUCCGCCAAGGGGACAUAUCACUUUGCACCUCGUGAAAAGAACCUAAGAUUAGUGUUUGAUAUGCCGGAUUCGAAUAGGAACUGGAAAAAUAGAUUUUUCUUCGUUAAAGGGACGGACUGGGUGUGUCGCCCAGAUGAAUGGGAUAAGUUGCCCGGGGGUUAUUUUGAUAACACCUGGGCUUAUAUUAAGGAGUCAGGUUGCCCCCGUCUCUUUCUUUUUUCCGUCGCUUUUCAUCUUUCAGGGAACUUUAACCGUCUCUUUAACACCGUUUAUUUUCUUUUGUUUCAGCCGUCGCUCGUCCGGAGGUGUCUGACGAACAAAGAGAAUUCAUCCGUCGGAUACUCACCAUCCCACUUGAGCAACGUAGGUGUAGGGAUUUGAUAACCUUGGACACUCUACAUUUGUAUUGCGGUGGUCCGGAGCCGACUGUUGAAGCUCGGAAGUUGGAAGAAUUUUCAAGAAAGCGUAAGUAAAUGUAGUAUUUUAAUCCGUUGGUAUUUUAUUUUGUCUGUUAUCACUUAUCCGUCACCUCACUUCGUGCAGAGAUGGAGGCUGCGAAACAGAGAGUGAGGGCCGCUGCUGCCCGUAAGAAGGAAGAGGAUAAGGCCAAGGGGAAAGAGGGAACGUCAACCCCUCAUUCUUCUUUGAAGGGUCCGAUCAAGAGAAAAGCUGACGGAAAGGAUGAUCCUCCUUCCAAGAAGCCAACCGUCAGCCCUAUGGACGUUCCUUCCAAGAAGUCGCCCUCCAAGUCUGGCCAUGGUGCUGGGAAAGGGGUGAUGACCUCUUCUGGCCCCGUCAUUGAGGGCCCCCGUUCCUUGCUGACUCACAAGGAUUACGCUGUCGAGGGGGUGGAAUCCCUCAUUAAACAGACGGAUCUGGAUCCUUGUGCCCAGCUUGGUACGGAGGACCUUGGAGCGUCGGCUUUCUUCGAUAUUGCACGGGCCUUGGUCCGUGUCAAAGCUCUUCAGGACCGAUGCGUGGCCAAAGAAGGCGUCGUCUCUCGGGUGAGGAGGCACAAUUCCACCCUGAUGGACCAGCAGGCGCAAUACAAGGAGGCCGUCCGUCUCCUAAACACAGAGCUGAAGGAGGUGAAGGAGAAAUUAGGAGAAACUGAGGGCCUUCAAAAGAAACUUGAGGAGGAGGUUGAGUCUCUGCGCGCGCAAGUACUGACGGCUGGGACUGACGCAGUGGAAAAGUUCAAGACCACCCAGUCCUUCAUUGAUUCCUGUGCUGACUAUUACGGCACAGGUUUUGAUGAUUGUCUGAAGCAAGUAGCGUCAGCUUAUCCGGAGCUGGAUCUUUCUAGAGUCACCAUGGAUGCCUCCGUGCCAAUGACUCCUGCUGCUGACAGAGAUGACGAACCCCUCAGCUUGGAUUUUUUGCUCAACGACGCUGGGGUCGUUUUGGCCCAGCCUGUUGCUCCUACUCCUGCUGAGUCUUCAGAUCACAUUGCUAAGGAUAAAGCUGACGGGGUCUCCAAGGACGCUCCUGCCGCUUAAUCCUUGUUUGUUAAUUGUAAUUUUUGAACAAUGUAUUUAAGUGCCCUUAUGUUUUGUUGGGCUUUUUACU